GUUCUUAGCGGUAUAAUCUGAGUCAGUGUGAGACCUCUUAGUUAUUCUUAUCAGCACCUCGGCACCUCUGGAAGACCUAAUUCAACUAAACUACCUACUAAUGAGGCAGGCAGUUGAUCACUAUUCAAAGUCAAUGCAAAAGGAACAGAGUUUGGUCUAGACCAGCCUAAACCAUCCCUGACCAGUCAAUCUCCUCUGCCGUCUGACAUUGCAUCGUGCUAACGUUUGCUCUCCCGUCGUAUCAAACAUUUAAAUCUUACCUGAACCCCACAAAUGACUUCAAGCGCAAUGGAAUGUCGAUCUCAACGUCUUUGGCCUAAACGAUAACGAGUGUGCGUACCUCGGCCUGUAUUCCUUCAAUUGACCUUUUGAAGUUUGAACUUUCUCUGUCGCGUCAAUCCUGCCCCUUAGACACACGAGAGGCGUACAAAGAUGGCCCUCAAUCGCAUCAAGUCCCAUGGACUCGGCCACAUCGCGAUAGACGACGGUGAUACCGACAAUGGCCCUUCGAGUAAUGUCAUCGACGACGGUCGCGUCCAAGUUCAAUUCCACGACACUCCCCAAGCGCUGGCCCAAUGGUGCGAACACCUGAAAGAGACGUUCGCGGGUGAUGGAGCAGAUUCAGAGCAUUUACUACCACCGAAGCCGUCGAAACCGCGUCGAACAAGCACCGUUGCUUUCCUCCCGGGUGUAGAGAAGCCAGCCGAAGGUCCGCGACUAAAUAUUGCGAUCCAUAUCGUGGGUUCUCGAGGCGAUGUUCAGCCGUUUAUUCCGAUCGCGCAACUUUUGAUGAAACCUCCCUACGGUCAUCGAGUACGAAUAUGCACGCAUGCUAGCUUCAAGGAGUUUGUGGAGGCGCAAGGUGUUGAGUUCUUUAAUAUCGGCGGAGACCCCGAAGCUCUCAUGGCGUAUAUGGUGAAGAACCCUGGAUUAUUACCGAAUAAGGACAGUCUCAAGGAGGGCGAUGUUGGGAAAAGACGAAAGGAAAUGAUGGAGAUCAUCUCUGGUACUUGGAGGAGUUGUAUCGAGGCAGGCGAUGGAAUGGGAGACCCUAUCAAAGCUGCAAACGUGGAAAAUGUGGAUGAUCUAUUCCUUGCGGAUGUUAUCAUCGCUAAUCCUCCAUCGAUGGGUCAUAUUCACUGCGCUCAAAAGCUCAAUAUUCCAUUGCACAUGGUAUUCACAAUGCCAUGGUCACCCACCAAAGCUUUCCCCCAUCCUCUGGCUGCUAUGAGCUAUGGAGAUGCCGACGCAAAGGUCGCCAACUACCUCUCUUUCAUGAUGAUGGAGCUUCUAACAUGGCAAGGCUUGGGCGACCUCAUCAACAAAUUCCGCCGUCAAACGCUUCACCUUGAUCCCAUCAGUCCAAUGUGGGGAUUCCAGCUUCUCUCUCGACUUCGCAUUCCAUACAGUUAUCUCUGGUCACAAACACUAAUUCCCAAACCUUCCGAUUGGGACGAACACCUAAACAUUACCGGCUUUUCCUUUCUACCGCUCGCAAGCUCUUACACGCCUCCGAAAGAUCUCCUGGACUUUCUCGAAGCAGGGCCUCCACCAAUUUACAUCGGUUUCGGAUCGAUCGUUGUUAAGGAUCCGCAAGCGCUCACGAAUAUGAUCUUGAAGGCAGUCGAGCUCGCGGGGGUUCGGGCGAUCGUGUCAAAAGGAUGGGGCGGCGUCGGAGUUGGCGAAGUCCCCGACAACGUCUAUCUCAUCGGAAAUUGCCCGCACGACUGGCUAUUCCAACGAGUAUCAGCUGUUGUUCACCACGGUGGCGCCGGGACAACCGCUGCCGGUAUAGCGGCCGGACGUCCGACUGUUAUCGUUCCCUUCUUCGGAGACCAGCCUUUCUGGGGUCAGAUGAUGGCUCGCGCCGGCGCAGGACCCGUAUCAGUUCCCUACAAGGAAUUGACAGCGGAAAUACUGGCAGAGAGUAUCAAGUUCGCUCUCAAACCGGAUGUGCAAGAAGUCGCCAAGGACAUGGCUAUUCAAAUCGGUGAAGAGGAUGGAGCUGGUGGUACAGCGCAGGAUAUCCAGGAACGUCUUGACAUUGACAGCCUUCGUUGCGAUAUUUGUCCUGAUAGGCUGGCGAGCUGGCUUGACCGCAAGACAGGAGCGCAUCUUAGUGGCUUCGCCGUCGGUUGUCUCAUAGAUGCUGGACUCCUUCAGUCCCAGAACCUCAAGCUACUCCGGCAUAGACACUGGUACGUGGAUGAAGGAGCCGAAUACCCUCUUGUUGGCGCCGUAGCCGCCGUGUCAGGCUUCGCCUCAGCCAUAGGAACCGCCACAUCCGAUUAUGCCGAACGCCUAAGGAAUUCCCCAGGCCGUGGAAAGACAAGGCGCUCCAGCGUCCACGACACGCAAGAAGAGGUCUUGACAGAUCCUGAAGAAGUUAAGACGGGAGAAGCCCGGCUCCGAAAAGGUCCACGCGGUGCAAAUCAGAAAGACAUGGAAAUACUGGCACGGAAAAUGGCAAC